AGCAGACGGAGCGCCGUCGACAGCCUUUUGCUUUUUUCCGUUUGUAUCUACUAGCACCGAGAGUCAACGAGACAACGGGCAAAGCUUUCCACCGAGCCCGGCCAUGGACGAACAGGCGGGGCCCGGCGUGUUCUUUAACAACAAUAACAACUCGGUUUUAACGGGAGCUGGGAAAGGACCGCUGCCCGAUGGCGACGCUGGGGAGGCGGCCCGGGCUCAGUACAGUAUCCCGGGGAUCUUGCACUUCCUGCAGCACGAAUGGGCCCGUUUCGAAGUAGAGAGGGCACAAUGGGAGGUGGAGCGGGCGGAAUUACAGGCCCAAAUCGCCUUCCUGCAGGGGGAGAGGAAAGGCCAAGAGAAUUUGAAGAAAGACCUUGUGAGGAGGAUCAAAAUGCUGGAGUACGCGCUGAAGCAAGAGAGAGCGAAGUACCACAAGUUAAAAUAUGGGACUGAGUUAAAUCAAGGUGACAUGAAGCCUCCGAGCUACGACUCUGAUGAGGCCAACGAGAACGAGUCUUCGGGAUCGUUCAACAAUCAGCUGUCCUGGAAACAAGGCCGCCAGCUCCUCAGACAGUACCUGCAGGAGGUCGGCUACACAGACACCAUCUUAGAUGUGAAGUCCCAGCGGGUGCGAGCGCUGCUAGGACUGGCUGGGGAUGGAGGUGGUAGAACAGGUGAAAGAAGUACUGAGCCUCUGGUCAAUGGGACAGACACAUCAACAAAGGGCAUGGGCACCAGAGGGAAGGCUGAGCUCUCUGACACGAGCGCUGUACUGGAGGCCUUCAAGUUCAUCGAGAAUGCAGCGGCUGAGUUCAGUGACGAAGAAGAGGAAGAUGAGGGGAUGGCCAGGACCAGCGUCGAGUCCCGGACGAUCCUGAGGAAGAAGCCUGCAUCGUCAUCGUCGCCAUCACCAGCCAGUAUGGACACCAGUGAGGACCCGGAUACAGAGGAGGCACUGAAGGGCUUCGACUUUCUGUCCAGCCCGGACGAGAUGGACACUUCACCGGAGUCCAGAGGCACCGGGGACGGGACAGACUGGGAGAAGGACGAGCAAGGUCCCAUUUCUGAGGCCUGGGACGUGGACCCGGGCCUGAUAACCAAACUCAAGGAGCAGUACAGAAAGGAACGCAAGGGGAAAAAGGGGGUGAAGAGGCCCAACCGGUCCAAGCUGCAGGACAUGUUGGCUAACCUGAGAGAUGCAGAGGACAUGUCCCACAUGCAGCCUCCAUCCACCCCCCAGUCUCGGCCCAACGCGGUCCGGUUCAAUGAGCACGAAGGGAACCGAACAGAUGAAGUUGAGGCUCUGACCUUCCCGCCCACUUCAGGGAAGUCGUUCAUUAUGGGCACAGAUGAGGCCAUGGAGAGCGAGCUAGGCCUCGGAGAACUGGCCGGACUCACCGUGGCCAACGAGGCCGACAGCCUGGCGUAUGAUAUUGGCAACAAUAAGGAUGCCAUGAGAAAGACCUGGAACCCCAAAUUCACUCUGCGGAGCCAUUUUGAUGGGAUUCGAGCUCUGACCUUCCACCCUGUGGAGCCCGUCCUGGUCACCGCCUCAGAGGACCACACACUCAAGAUGUGGAACCUUCAAAAGACCACUCCCGCCAAAAAGAGCGCGUCUCUAGAUGUGGAACCGAUCUACACUUUCAGGGCUCACAGGGGGGCUGUACUGAGUGUGGUGAUGAGCAGCACAGGGGAGCAGUGUUUCAGUGGAGGGGUCGACGGGACCAUUCAGUGCUGGAACACCCCCAACCCCAACAUCGAUCCCUACGAUUCCUAUGACCCGUCGGUGCUGCGUGGAGAGUUGUGUGGACACACGGACUCUGUUUGGGGUUUGGUAUACAGCAGCGCACACCAGCGCCUCCUCUCCUGCUCUGCAGACGGGACUGUGAGGCUGUGGGACGCCAACAGCACCUCUCCCGCCCUUGCAGUAUUCAACGAAAAUAAAAAGCUGGGAGUUCCCUCCUCUGUUGACCUGGUGUGCAGCGAACCAGCUCACCUGGUCACCUCCUUCACCAGUGGGGAGAUUGGCCUCUUCAACAUGGAGACCCGCCAGCUAGUCCUCAAUCUGGAGUCCAAUACAGAGCCAGGGACUCCGUGUCAGAUCAAUAAGGUCCUCAGCCACCCGACCCUUCCCAUCACCAUCACUGCGCAGGAGGACAGACACAUCAAGUUUUUUGACAACAACAGUGGGAAGCUGAUUCACUCCAUGGUGGCUCACCUGGAUGCUGUCACCAGCUUAGCUGUGGACCCUAAUGGACUUUAUCUCAUGUCAGGCAGUCAUGACUGCUCCAUCCGUCUGUGGAACCUGGAGAGUAAAACCUGCAUCCAGGAGUUCACAGCUCACAGAAAGAAGUUUGAAGAAUCGAUCCACGACGUGGCGUUUCACCCGUCUAAAUGCUACAUAGCCAGCGCCGGGGCAGACGCUCUCGCCAAGGUGUUCGUAUGACGCGGAGCUGCAUCUCUCCCUGCAGCCCCGCUCUCUGACUCAGCCUCCUGUGAUCAGGGACCAAUAGAGACACAGGUGGAGAAGAACCUUCAGGCAUAGGUCCGUUCUCACCUCACACAGCCCAGUGGUUUCCUGUCGGACCGGCAGACUAUGUAGCCACAAGCCUCAAACAGGCCAUGACUUUUCACAGAAAGGGCCGGCAGGGAGGCCAGUCAGGAGGAGAUCUGUUCUCUAGUCCCACAUCUACCAUCCAGGCAGGCCUGGGUGUGACAGGCCACAGUGCCCCCCCCCCCCUCCCCCCCCUCAGCACUCACACAGACAGACAAAAAGUUAACCUCCACAGCCAGGAGGCUCAGGACAAGUGUUGAUGAGUGUGGAGUAGAGAAAUGAGGUUUCAAGCCGGUCUUCUGCCCCUGUGACUUCACGCUCACCCCACAUCCUUCGGGCCCACGACCUUCCCCCUCAGACAUACGAGGUCCAGGCCCUUUACUCCAAGUCAGGUUUUGUGUUGUGUUGUUCCAGAAAUGUGGGGUACUGAAGGCUCGCUGGAGCUGUCGUGGAAGCUCUCUCACUCCUCCUACGCUUCCCAGACUGACUCUGCUCGCUGGCCUGCCUUUAUUUUCCUUUUUAAAACACUUAUUGACAAAAUGUGCCUUUGCUUUAAAAAGGUCUUGAAAAUGUUAUUUUAACAAGCUUGUUUCGGGGGGAACGGGGAGGGAGGGGACGGGCGGGGACGGCGGAGAAUACGGAGCCAGUUGUCGCAAUGUUGUCGAUUUUAACAUUGGAUGUAAAAUUACAAAUGCUUAUAAUAAACAAAAUAUAUAUUCAGUCUUAAAAAAUUUACUGUGCAGCGUGAGUUUGAGUGCUCCUUUUUGAUAAGUGUGGUUGGGGAAUCAAUUUUGUGCAUUUCAAGGCAAAUCUGGUAGAGUGAUACAGACCAUUAAAUAUAUAAUUGCCUGUUUGUUAGAUUCAAGUAACUGUACACUUCAGAAGUAAGAUUUACAAACGUGUGUCCAAAGUAAACCAUUUUGGUUCUAUAAUUACAAUUCAAACUUGGUUAUAGAUGUCCAUUUUAGGAAUAACUAACUGAUUUUGGCCAGUUUGCUCUUGUUUGAAUUGAAUGGCUUGUACUGUAUGUAGUUUUCCCCAAUUGUGUGGACAUGCUUGACUACGAUGUGAUGUAUCAUGUCCAGAUAUUUACAGUAGUCCAGUGUUUUAGCAGGAAAUUAGUGCAGUACUGUAGGACUAUUUGAAAUUACGAAAUAACCAUCCAACACUGAGGGAGGAGAAAUGUCCUGCAAUUUCCAGUUUACUGUAAACUGCGUCAGGAGGAAACGAUCCUGGGUAAAAACAAAUCAAUCAAGAUGUUGUACAUGUUGAGUACAGCGUCACAUGAGCCAUUUUCUCAGUCACUGGUUUGUAUAUCAAAGUAUGUUCAAAAUAAAACCUGCUGUAAACUG